AUGAAUUAUCGAGAACCAGAUUGGAAAUUAAUUGAUGAAAUAAGUUUGACUCUUCUCGAAGAAGGUGUUGGCAUCUAUGAUGUUCUUCAACGCGCUUUGCCAUCCAUUGUACUCUGCAAAAUUGAACGAACGGAUGACGAUUGUACUGUUAAAAGACUGCUGAAAAUGUUUCGAAUCGCCCAGAUGCAGAUCGAAUAUAUAUUAAAAACGCAGUUUGAACUCUUACAACAAGUGCAAGAUUUGCAAAACAGUAUGAAGGUUGUUACUGAAGAAAAUUCAAAAUUACGUAAAAAAUUGAUCAGUGAGCCAGAAACGAUUAAUUCAUUAUUUGAGUGCAGCUGUUGCGAGAAGCUGUUUUUGCACAGUUGUUUUCUCUACGAUCAUAUGAAACGAAAGCAUAAAAAUGAACAGUAUUCUGACGACGAAUAA